AGUCUGGUCAGUGUCUUAAAAACCACACCUCAGGUCUAGAAUCUUUGGACAAGUUGCAAAUACAGAUGAUGUAACAAAUACUGAACAGGACAGGACUGUCAAGUGUAAAGAACAAAGAAUCAAGAUCCCUGCAAGAUCACAAGAAAAAAAGAAAGGUGAUAAGCGCAGAAUUAAUGAAGCUCAGGAAUCUGUUUCUUACCGUAAGAUGUCAACGAUAAAAGAUUGAAAAUAAUCAUGAAGGCUUCAUUUCCCACUGUCUUCUUCCAGUCUCUUUUUGUUCAGUUCUUCAGUACAUAAUAAGGAAAGUAUAGAUUGUGCAGUUGCAUGAGUAUUAACCUACCACAAAAUAUUAUGGUUCAGGUUCAACUAUGCCUGGAAACUCUCUGUAUAGGGUUUUUGUUGUUGGUUCUUGAGCUUUGCUCCAUAGGUUCAUUGGGAUCUCUCCCUCUUCAACAACCAACGUGUACAUGAAGAUUGUCUUGCUGUCCUACCCAGGAGAAGUACCGUAACAACACUGAACUCAAACUUGACUAGAGAAUAAACUAAUUAAAGCUCUUUAGUCAUUAAACAGUAGUCAAUUGAUUUCCAGCUACUGGAAAUACUUAUGAAUUGACCAUUUUUGUUUUGUUAUUUCUAAAUGUAAAUCCAAUCUUUCGAAAUACUAUUAUGUCUGCAACAUCCAGAGGACAUCACGCCAACUCUGAAACAUCAAUUUUAAAAAUGAUAAUAAAAACUAAACUUCAAAUAAAACUAAUAGGUGUUUUCCAAGCCGUGAAGAAUAACAGAGUGAAGAAAAUAAUGGUCAUAAAAAUGUUUAAAAUACAGUCAUUUUAAUUUUUUUUCCAACCAGAUCAUAUUCUCUACAGCAGAUGUGGAAAUUAUAUUUGGGUGUCUGGAAUUUAUGGCCAUCGCAGUGUUGACGGAAAAAUGCUAACAAUUGAAGACGUAACAAGAAAUGUUUUACAACACUUGCAAGACACACUUACUAAUCUGGGGGCAAACUUGUGUGAUGGAAUGAUAGUUCACCUUUUUGUGAAGAACAUGGAUGACUUUGCAAAAAUCAAUGCAGUUUAUAAAACAUUUCUAAGGGUGAACCCUCCUGCAAGAGCUUGCAUCCAGCUGAAUUUACCAGAGGACAUUGCCAUCCAGGCUGACUGCCUUGUUUAUGCUGCUCAAAGCACUGACACUUCAGUUAGGGAAGCUAUGCACGUUCAAAGCAUCUCUCACUGGGCACCAGCAAAUAUUGGUCCUUACAGCCAAGCAACUAAGGCUGGAGAUACGAUAUUUGUGUCUGGUUCAAUUGGUUUGUGGCCACCAACCAUGUCAAUGAUACAAGGCGGCAUCUCACAGGAAGCUCCUCUGUCUUUGCAACAUGUGGAGAGAGUUAUAACAGCUCUAAAUCCAGGCGAGUCACUCAAGAGCAUUGUUCAUGGAUUUUGCUUUCUAACUUCACCUGCUUAUGUGUCAGUUGCAAAAACUUCUUGGCACCAAAUGUCAAAUCCUAAGAGCAGAGACAGCAUAGAGUCAGACCAAUCUCCAGUGGGGUUGAUGUCUUACAUCAUUGUGCCUGCGCUGCCCAAGAACGCCCAGGUCGAAUGGCAUGUUGUGGCAUUGGAAAACCAGAUCCAACAUCAGUAUGACUCGACAACUGUACAUAGCGAGAAUUUCACUGUUGGUGUACAAAGCAUUGGUGUCAGAGGAAAUAGUAACUACAGUGUUGCUGUAAACAUUGCAGUUGGUGAGUUUUUCAACUGUGCCAAUCAUGUAAAGGGUUCUGGAACAUUGUAAUAGUUAUGUAAGUUGUGAUUCAGAUCAAAAGACUCAGUUAAUUACUAGAUAAUCGAUUGUAUCAAUAAUUAUCAGCUUUCUAGUCUCAUAUUUCAUUCCCUCAUGGUCUGUUUCACCUAUAUAGUCUUGCAACCCGCUCUCCCUCUUGGGGGCUUCAAAUUCUUUUCAUUAAACAACUAUUUUGCCCAAACAUGUUUCCCAAUUGAUUGAUGUGUGUCAAUAAUUACAAUACAUGAAGUACCUUGUUAUCCAGUUGAUUCUGUGCAAGUAUGGUACCACACAAUAGCCAUGGGAAUUCGUGGUUUCCUCUACACCAUCUUGGAAUUGGAAUAACAUGCUUUAUUUCACAGUUCAGUAGCAUGAAGAAACUAGGGAUAUUUCUACUACCUCCUAGCAGAUCGCAACAUUGUCUCUAGUGUUAAAUUUGCUGGUUCUCAUCAAAACACCUGAGUGAAGAGAGACA